AUGAGCCAAUCAGAAUUAGUUGGUGUUCUCUUGGCUGCUAAUUUUUUUGAUGAUAAGGAGUUGAAGGAGGAAAUAAUCCAAGAUUUUGCUGAUAGGAUCAAAGGGAAACCAAUAGAGGAAAUACGUGAAGUAUUUGGUAUCGUGAAUGAUUAUACUCCAGAGGAAGAGGAGGAGGUCCAAAAACUCAUAACUUUCAAGACUAGCGAUGGUGAGGAAUUCAAACUCAAUGAGGCUGUAGCUGUGAGGUUAGAAGUCAUAAAGAACAUGGUACAAGAUGUGAAUAGUACUUCUAAUGUCAUCCCCUUGUCUAAUGUUGAUGGAAAAACAAUGACCAAAGUUAUUCAAUAUUGGAAGAAAUAUUCGGAAGAAGGUGUUACGAAAGAUCAGUUAAAGAGUUUUGAUCAAGAUUUCUUGAAGAUGAGCCAGUCAGAAUUAGUUGGUGUUCUCUUGGCUGCUAAUUUUUUUGAUGAUAAGCAGUUGAAGGAGGUAAUAAUCCAAGAAUUUGUUGAUAGGAUCAAAGGAAAACCAAUAGAGAAAAUACGUGAAGUAUUUGGUAUUGUGAAUGAUUAUACUCUAGAGGAAGAGGAGGAGGUCCGUAGAGAGAAUGCUUGGGCUUUUGAAUGA